UUCCAAAAGUCGCUUCACGUUCGAUUGUUAGGAUGAGGAAGAACUUUCUUGUUCUUCUGCUCUGUCUGUCUUUUGUUCGCUGUGAAUCGCGCAGAGUAACGGAUUAUGGGGAUUACUUAGUACAAGAUUACGUUGAUAUUGAUGCUAGCAUCCCGAGGGCAGAGGAGAAUCCAGGUCUGUUUGAAGGCGAUAUCGUCAUCGAUGAGGAUACCGAAAGAUAUCUGACAGGUGGAGAGAUCAUGUCACGUGAUGCUGUGGUCUCUCCUAUAUUAUACUGGCCAAAAGGGGUGAUCUACUACAUGUUUGACGAAAAAUUAGAGCCUCUCAAGAUCGAUAUCAUCAAGCGAGGUAUCCAUCAUCUAAAGGAAAGGACAUGCAUAAAAUUUGUUCAUAUUCCAAAAAAUAACACGCGUCAUAAAAGCUAUGUCAGAUUCUUCAGUGGAAACGGAUGUUAUUCCCGAGUCGGCAGAGAUCCCACUGACGUCGAACAAACGAUUUCUAUCGGUGAUGGAUGCGAGAGGAUUGGAACAGUGGUGCACGAGAUCAUGCAUGCUUUGGGUUUCUUCCAUGAGCACACUAGGCCUGACAGGGACAAGUACAUCAAAAUUGAUUGGACUAAUAUCGAGGAAGAGCAUUCUCGAAACUUCCAAAAAUACCCACGAGAUCUGGGAUCUAGCUUUGGCAAACCAUAUGACUACGACAGUGUGAUGCAUUACAGUAGGUUUGCGUUCUCCAAGGACUUGGAUGUCCCAACCAUUAUACCUGCAGAUGGAGAGGCUUCAAUUGGUCAGCGACUGGGCCUGAGUUAUUAUGACAGAGAAGAAAUCAAUACGUUGUAUAGAUGCCAUGAGGACUGUGUUGACAAGAUGAGCCCUUACAGGUGCAUAGGUCGUAGCAUACUGGGUAGCUGUGAGAGUCCUAGAUUCCAAGAAAUGAUGAUUGAAUCUUGUCCCAAAACCUGCAAAUUUUGCGGAAAGAGAGAUUCGACGAUCAAAGUUUCAAAAAAGGCGCACCAGAAAUAAAGAAGACGUCUUGAAAAGGACUCCAAAUUAUAUUUUUUCACCAGGUUAAAUUAAUAAUCGAGGAAGGUCUCUAUUUUUCUGUUAAUUUUCAUAAUAAAAGAUCUGCAACAUUGUUACAAGUGUGCCUUCCUUGUUUGGGAGAGUUGUCUCUGCUUUUCUAGAAUGAUCAGAAGAGAGAGAAGUGAUUCUACACAGGUGGGUUGCUGUGACGAAUCGUAUCAAUAUAGACCAUAAAUUCUUUUUAAGCUAAUUCAUUGAUUAUUUCGCUGAGGUUAGUCACCCCAUAGAUAAUUAACUAAGAAGAAAUGC